CUAACAUGGUGGUCAACGUUGACAUUUAGAUGAAAAUUAGAUAAUUUUUAACGGAAUGGAGCUCUCUGAUACAUCUGUGCAUUUAUUGAUAAAUGCAGGAAUGUCCUUUAUAGGAUUCUGCUUGUGUCUAAACAUAAUCCCGAAAUUUAAAGAUAUGUUUAUACGUGCAAAUCUGUUUGGAGUAGAUAUGAGCAAAAAAUCUAAAGUGAAAGUACCUGAAGCAGCUGGUGUGAUAUGUGGAGCAGUGUUUCUAGUGAUUAUGUUUCUGUUCAUACCAGUACCAUUUUACAAGCAUCUUGCUGAUCCAGCCAACAAAAAUUUCCCACAUCAUGAGUAUAUAGAGUACAUUGCAGCCCUGCUGUCAAUAUGCUGUAUGAUAUUCCUCGGAUUUGCGGAUGAUGUUCUCGCCCUCAAGUGGCGUCACAAACUCUGGUUACCCACCAUAGCCUCUCUUCCACUGUUGAUGGUCUACUUUGUCAACUUUAACUCAACUACAAUAAUUGUUCCACUGCCUUUCAGACCCUUCCUUGGUUAUGAUACAGACUUGGGUGUUCUGUAUUACGUAUAUAUGGGUAUGCUGGCAGUGUUCUGUACAAAUGCAAUCAACAUUUUGGCUGGUGUGAAUGGCCUAGAAGCAGGACAGAGUGUUAUUAUAGCUGCAUCAGUGCUCAUAUUUAACUUCAUAGAAAUCUCAGGUGAUUGUUCUGCAGCUCAUGUGUUUAGUAGCUAUUUCAUUUUGCCUUAUACUGCGGUCAGUGCUGCUUUAUUCUACCAUAACUGGUAUCCUUCAAGUGUGUUUGUUGGUGAUACAUUUUGCUACUUUUCUGGAAUGACGUUCGCUGUGGUCGCUAUCCUUGGACAUUUCAGUAAAACCAUGCUGCUGUUUUUCAUACCGCAAGUGGCCAACUUUAUCUACAGUGUACCACAGUUGUUUAGAUUUGUACCAUGUCCUAGACAUAGAUUACCAAAGUACAAUGCAAAGACAGAUAAAGUAGAAAUGAGUUUUGCUGUAUAUAAACAAUCAGAUUUGAAGCCUUUAGGAAAACUGUGUCUUUCAAUUUAUAAACUAUUUGGAGUUGUUCAUACAAAAGAAAAUACAGGAGAAGAUGGCAUGUAUUCUGAAUGCAACAAUUUAACGUUGAUCAAUUUAAUGUUAAAAUUCUUCGGACCUCUUCAUGAAAGAAAGCUAGUCACUAUAUUAUUAUUAUUGCAGAUAUUAUGCAGUUGUGUGGCAUUUACUAUCAGAUAUCAAGUGGCGAAACUGUUUUACGAUGUAUAAUAAUAUACUUGGCAGUAUCAGAAAGUGCAGGCAAUAUUCUGUGAUGUAUACCACAAUUUGAAUAAGCUUUAGAAAAUCCUGCUGGUUAGGGGAGUAUACAGUUGUAAAAUGGACUCUAAUACUCAGCCAUUUUUAGUACAAAUAGAACUGAAUUUGACAUUUUAUGGUUCAAGAGUUUUAUAUGAAUUCAUUCAUGUGAGGUAAAGCCUAGGAAUGAUUUUUUCCUUAAAAAAUGUUAUAAUUAUGUACUUUUCUGCAUGUUAUCCAGGUGAAAAUAUUUGACAGAUUGUUUAUAUCAUGUUAGGUCUAGAACCACUUCGGUAUGUGUUUCUAAAUCUAGUUCAAAUGUGCAGGUUUGAACCUGGCUCUAAGAUGAUAGCAUUGCAUUUAGAGACCUUAGCUGGUAUUAAUCAAUGUUUUAAGUCAAAUAUUGAGAGUUUUAAAGCCUGUAAAAAUUCAGCUUGGAAUAAAUUUAUGUUGCUGAUACUUUGCAUAGUUCUGUGUUGUAGUUUAUGCCAUUAUCAUGCCAAGUUUCAUCAAAAUCCAUACAAGAUUUUUAUAUAUCAGGCAAAAAGGUAAUUUGAGCCGUGCCAUGAGAAAACCAACAUAGUGGGUAUGCGGCCAGCAUGGAUCCAGACCAGCCUGCGCAUCCGCGCAGUCUGGUCAGGCUCCAUGCUGUUCGCUUUUAAAGCCUAUUGGAAUUGCAGAAACUGUUAGCGAACAGCAUGGAUCCUGACCAGACUGCGCGGAUGCGCAGGCUGGUCUGGAUCCAUGCUGGUCGCAAACCCACUAUGUUGAUUUUCUCAUGGCACGGCUCAUUUAUUCAUUUCAGAGUGUAUGUCUAAGUUUCUGACUUAAAACAUUGAUGAAUACUGACAGAGUCUUGUAAUACUGCCUGGUCAUUGGUUGUUAAGAAAGAUUAAAAAAGUGCCAGAGUUCUAUGACUAGUCUCCAAGGGACUUUGGAAGGAAACCUUGAUUGUUUGGCAAUACUUUCAUUGUUGUAUUUUUGUGUAAAGAUUUGUAAAUCCAAAGUAAAUACUUGCAGUAUUUAUAUUUUUUGUGCACAGAUUGUUAUUUAAUGAAUAGUAUGAAAGCUGCUUCGAGCAGUAUUUGUGUGUCACUGUUACCAAAAAAGUCAUUUCAGAUUUGUUAUAUAUCUUUUGUAUUUUUCUUCUCUUCAUUUUUAAAUUAUUUCAUUUUUAGCUCAUCUGAUUUUUUGAAAAAAAAUGAUGAGUUAUUGUCAUCACUUGAGCGGUUGUCGGCGUCGGCGUCGGCGUCUGCGUCGGCGUUGCCUGGUUAAGUUUUAUGUUUAGGUCACCUUUUCUCCUAAACUAUCAAAGCUAUUGCUUUGAAACUUGGAAUACUUGUUCACCAUCAUUAGCUGACCCUGUAUAGCAAGAAACAUAACUCCAUCUUGCUUUUUGCAAGAUUUAUGGCCCCUUUUGUACUUAGAAAAUAUCAGAUUUCUUGGUUAAGUUUUAUGUUUAGGUCAACUUUUCUCCUAAACUAUCAAAGCUAUUGCUUUGAAACUUGGAAUACUUGUUCACCAUCAUAAGCAGACCCUGUACAUCAAGAAACAUAACUCCAUCUUGCUUUUUGCAAGAUUUAUUGCCCCUUUUGGACUUAGAAAAUCAGUUUUCUUGGUUAAGUUUUAUGUUUAGGUCAGCUUUUAUCCUAAACUAUCAAAGCUAUUGCUUUAAAACUUGCAACACUUGUUCACCAUCAUAAGUUGACCCUGUACAGCAAGAAACAUAACUCCAUCCUGCUUUUUGCAAGAUUUAUUGCCCCUUUUGGACUUAGAAAAUAUCAGAUUUCUUGGUUAAGUUUUAUGUUUAGGUCAACUUUUUCUCUUAAACUAUCAAAGCUAUUGCUUUGAAACUUGCAACACUUGUUGGCCAUCAUAAGCUGACCCUGUACAGCAAGCAACGUAACUCCAUCCUGCUUUUUGCAAUAAUUAUUGCCCUUUUUGGACUUAGAAAAUAAUUUUCUUGGUUGAGUAUUAUGUUUAAGUCAACUUUUCUCAUAAACUAUCAAAGCUAUUGCUUUAAAACUUGCAACAGUUUUUCACCAUCAUAAGUGGACACUAAACAUCAAGAAACAUAACUCUAACCUGCUUUUUGCAAGAAUGAUGGCCCUUUUUAGACUUAGAAAAUCAUGGGUAGGACAAUAUUUCUAUUACACAAAAAAAAUCAGAUGAGCGUCAGCACCCGCAAGGCGGUGCUCUUGUUAAAAUUAAAUGUUUUCUUGCUUAGCAGUAAAAUUUAAGUUUUAUUCUUAUUUACUCGGUAAAUCAAAAAGAGCUAUCAGAUCUUCAUUUUAAUGUAUGCCGACACGGUUACCAUAGCUGUUACCGGUAUAUAUCUUGCCCAUAAUACUAAUAAGAGGCAUGGGACUGUAAUAAGUAGUAUGUGUUCUACAGACUGAUUAACAAAA